CUCGGUUGCCGCACGACAGCGCCGUCGAGCGGAUGAGCGAGCGAAAGCGUAAAUGCUGAGACGUAAACAACAGGGCGCGAGGGGAGUGGUAUCAUACAAGUGAAGAAAGCAGUAUAGAUAGGAAGCAUGUCGGCACCUGUGUACAAUCCUGGGGAACCCUACUUAAUGCCCAUCGCUGGAGGGUUUACUCCUGGACGGAUUGCGCAUGUCACAGGUACAUUUAAGCCCACUGCUACAAGUUUAGUUGUGAAGUUCCAAUCGGGGCCCAGUGGUGAUCCAGCCGAUGAAAUUGGUCUCUGCCUAUAUGGCCGUUUGCUAGAAGGUGUAAUAGGAAGAAAUGCUUUCACACGAGCAGCUGGUUGGGGUGUGGAAGAAGCUUCAGGCUCAGCUGCUUUUGCACAGGGACAGAACUUUGAAAUGACCAUCCUUUGUGAUCCAAUGUGUUUCAAGAUUGCCUUGAAUCAGCAGCAUUUUGCUGAAUUCAGUCAUCGGACCAACCCGGCUACAAUGAAUUACAUCAAUGUUGCCUCCUCAAGCCAAGAUAUCACUCUUGCCUGUGUCUGGAUUGAAGACUCAGCUCCUCCACCUCCUGUGCAGCCUUCUUAUGGUGCUCCUGGUGUUGGUGGUCCUUAUCCUCCACAGCCUAACUAUGGGCCACCUCCACCUUACUCAGGAGGUCCUGGCUAUGCUCCUCCAAUGUAUCCAAAUCAGCCCUAUCAGCAGCAAGCAGCACCUCCUGGACAAUAUUAUCCACCCCAACAACAUGGCUCAGGAGGCAGUGGUGGCAAAGGAUUAUUGGGUAUGGCAGCAGGUGCAGGGACAGCCCUUGCAGGUGCCCUAGGAGCAAAACAUCUACUUGGGAAAUCGAAAGGAGGAUACCCAGGUGGUGGAUACCCAGGUGGAGGAUACCCAGGUGGAGGAUACCCUGGCCAUGGGGGUUCCCAUGGUGGGGGAAUUCUGAACAAAGCCUUGGGUGUUGGAGGAGCUCUUGCAGGAGCCAAAAUGCUCUCAAAGCCAAGCAAAGCCAUGAAAUAUGGUGUGCCACUAGCUGGCUUGGGAGCCCUUGCUGGAGGAGGUUACAUGAUGCACCAAGGCUUCCAUCAUGGGUCUUCCUCCUCUUCUGGCUCCAGUGAAGAAGAGUGAACUGUUGAUUUGCACAGUGAACCCUUCAAUCAAAUGCAAAUACAUGCAAAAGUAUAUGCCUACUGCAAGAUAACAAAAGUAAAUGCUCUUUGAAUAAUGCCUUCACAAAGCACUGGAAGUCUGUAUCAGCUGAAAAUAGAAUGUAUGACCCUAAACUAGUCAAACACUUAUAUGAUUUUUGACUCCCUAUGUAAAAAAAAGAAAUAACCAAUAACCAAAUAACCACUUGCUUUGUCAACUAAGAUAUAUUAAAAAUAUGUGUAAACUCCACCUUCUGAUUCGGUUUAAGUAUCACUUCCCGUACUGAAGUAGACAGUGUUAGUCUGUCUAUUUCUGGCUUUUUCUGCUUUUUGUCUUCGUUCUUCAUUCAUUGCACAUGUAUAGACAAAGCAUCUGUGUCUCCAUGAGAGUGUGCAUCUGUUUCUUAUUCACUGGUCCUAUGGUGUCAGUGAUGUCAUGAUAUGACACACAUAUAGAAUAUAUAUGUAUUUAUGUACAUAUAUGUGUAUGUAUUUGUAUACAUGUGCACACAUGCACACAUUCUCAUUUAUACACACACAUACGCACACACACACAUGCACAUGCACAUGCACGUGCACACACACACGCACCCACUCACACACACACACACUCACAAACACACAGAUGCACAAAUGCAAUUUCAUGAUACAAUAUUCCUUAUUUGAUAUAGAGUGCUUUACUUGACAGUUGCCUCACUGUUUAUGUGUUUCCAUCUCCUCAAAAUAUAGGAUAUAAUAAAUGCACAAAGGUUAAUUGUUUACAUCAGAUUUUAAAGUUUCUGAAAAUGUUUCCUUUUUUAUCCCAAAUUUUCAGUCAUAACAGUAGUUGUUAGUACUUUACUUAAUAGAGAAUUUAUUCCUUUUGUUAAAUCUGUUGAUUGAUUAUAGAAGUAUAUGAUAGUGUUAAUAAUAUGUUAUAUAUCAGUAUUUGAUAGAUGUUUCUUGUCAUGUUUUAUAUCAAACAGUUAAGGAACAAAUAUUUUGUAUUGUUGCAGAUACCUUAAUGUAAUAGGUGCUGCUUUAUGUAGAAUCACAAUAACAUUAUAUAGAAUUAGCAAUUAGUAAGUAGAGUCAUUUAAGCUGCUCAAGCAACUGUAUCUAAUGUACUGCUUUAAACUUGUAUUGUCUUUUUUAUUUUAGUUUAUCAGUCUGUGAAACCAAGAACUUUUUGGUAUGUUUAUAUCAAUUAUAAUGCUUCUUGUAAUACAAAAUCUGUCAGAAGCUAGUUUCAGAAUGCAUGAUAAUCAAAUACAUACAUGCCUAGAGAUAUGCAGGUGAAAUACACUCUAAAUGACUGCAGAAAAGCAGUCACCACAUCUUG